AUGUCUCCGUCCCCCUUAUUACAGUCUCCUGGACAGCUGGCUCCUCAGAGACCGCUCACAGACACGAUACCGGGCGGGCAGCCCGUGCUCUACCUACUGUCGCUCAACGGAACAUUCGAGCGAAAGACGAUCCAGGUCCCUUUCUACCCCGAAACCUUGCGCGUCGGUCGGCAAACAAAUAACAAAACGGUUCCAACCCCUCUGAAUGGGUUUUUCGACAGUAAGGUGCUCUCGAGACAACAUGCUGAGAUAUGGGCGGACAGGCAGGGGAAGAUCUGGAUUCGCGACGUCAAGUCGUCAAAUGGUACCUUUGUGAACGGAACACGGCUGUCUCCCGAAAAUCGCGAAUCAGAGCCCCAUGAGCUCCAGUCCUCUGACCAUCUGGAGCUCGGAAUCGAUAUCGUGAGCGAAGACCAGAAAUCCGUCGUGCAUCAUAAAGUCGCGGCCAAGGUGGAACAUGCCGGGUUCCUCAAUCCGUCCAACAACCUCCUGGACAUGAACUUCGGGGAUCUUGACCCGGCAAAUGGGGGGAUGAUGAUGCCCCAACCUGGCCUGCCAUUCCGGAACAGGACUGCCAGUCAAGCUUCAGCAGGGACAAACGGACGGAUGGUUGGAGGUGCACAUAUGAUGAACGCCCAGUCGGCUGGAGUGGCAUUCAACAAUCGCACAUUUAUGAACAACAGCUUUUCAACAGAGCUUAUUGUAAAGAAGUUGAGGAACGAGAUGCGAAAUGCACGACAGCAGGCCCAAGACCUCUCUCGUACCAGCAAGUUUCUGGACGCGCUAUUAUCCAACGAGGACGUCAAAAAUCAGGAGAAACCCGAAUUGCCAGAACCUCCAAAGCCGCCAGUGGUUAAUGGAAACGCGCACUCGUUCCGCUCUGAUGGGAAGACACGGUUUUCUGACCCUCCGGCGCCCCCGCCACAACAGCCUCUCCCCGAGAAACCCGACGUGGCAAGAUCCCAAGGUGAUGUGCCUUCCUUGAAGCGCGCGACAACCGAGCGACCAAAAUCAGGGCCAUCGAAUGCAUCACCGAUCCGCCAAGAUAACCUAAGCCAGAUAAUACAGUUGACAGAGGCACUGAACAGUGCCAAACGAGAAAUCGACACACAGACCUCAAAAAUGAGAGACCUCGAGGACAUGUUGCAGAGAGAGAGGCAAGCGCGCGAAGCAGCAGAAGAACUUGCCAAGCGACUAGAAGACGAUGCCCACUCGCGUAUGAACGGAUCUGCGAAACCACAGAUCGAGGACUCUACAUUGGCGGAAGCGUUUGAGCCCCCUACAGAGCACACGGGUGACGACAAUACACAAUUCGAGGAAACUCGGACAACAACACAAGAUGAGGCCAGUGAAGACAAGACGACUUCACUGCAGUCACAGAUCGACAACAUGUUGUCAGAGAUGAAAGGGUUGCGAGACCAGGUCGACAACUACAAGAAGCAGGCAGAACAGGCUACAUCGGAACGGGACGCGGACCGCAAGACAUUGGCUGAAAUGGUUCAGCAGAUCCGUCAGCGGGACGAGGAGGCUGCAGCUCUGAAGGCUGCAGCUCGAGCCCGGACGCGGUCGAAAUCCAACGGAAGGGAACGUAGCGCGACUGUCACGGCCAGAGAACCGAGCAGAGGUCGAUCCGUUGCCAACCGCGCCGAUGGGGAAUUGGCGUCUCUCGCUAGCAUUGACGAAGACGCAUUGGACGACAAGCCGACGCUGUCCAGAGCAAACACCAUCACGCCGACGCCGAGGUCGCCGUCGAAACGCACCGUUUCGGACCAGGCCAUCUUGGAAACCAUCCCGUACGCCUCAAUGAUGGGUGUUGUGUUGCUGGGCAUGGGUCUCAUGGCCUACAUCAACGGGUGGCAGCCACAACCUCGCAUUGAUCGGUGA